UUAAUUGAUAGGUAGAGAUAUAAGUGUAAUUUCUGUUGUUGAUGCGUGAUCUUAAUUGGUAGGUAGAUCAUUUGGACCACAUGAAUAUACUUAUUUAUUUAUUUUCCUUAGAGGAGGAGUGCUGAAAAACUUCAUUUUUUGGAUAAAAAAAAAAGGAGUAAUUGCAGAAAGCAACUAAUGUAUAUAAAGGGUUAAGAUUUGUUGACAGAUGUAGUGAUAUUACAAAUAUGAAAUCCAACAAAAUGCUAAGGACCCAAGUAUCUUUGAGAUAGAUACAGUAACUUGUUCCUAUAUGUAUGUUACAACGAAUACAUCAUCUACCAAUUGAUCUAUUUAGUCCUUUCCAUUACAAAGCAUGGUUUCAAUUUGCCAGACAAACAUCACAAGUUCUGUUACACCAAUACCUAUAAACAAGGCACCAAUUUUGUUGCAAUAUUAUUAUAAUAGAUCCUGGAGCUUCAAGUGUUUGUGUGCAAAGAUGAAUAAUAGUAACGUGACAUUUACAAGGACUAUUCUGCACGAUCUUUAUGAGAAACAAAGACAGAGUCCUUACUAUGAUAAUCUAUGUCGACCAGUUUCAGAUUUGGUUCCAUUCAUUGCUUCUGGAAUCAGAGGUGUUACUACCAAUCCUGCGAUAUUUGAAAAGGCAAUAUCAUCAUCAAAUGCUUACAAUCACCAAUUAAGGGAGUUGGUAGAGGCAGGAAAAGACACAGAAAGUGCCUACUGGGAAUUGGUUGUGAAGGACAUACAUGAUACUUGCAAACUCUUGGAGCCAAUUUACAACGAAAGUGAUGGUAUAGAUGGGUAUGUAUCAAUUGCAGUCUCCCCCGAGCUUGCAAAUGACACCAAAGGGACAAUUGAGGCAGCAAAAUGUCUUCAUAAAAUGGUUGGAUGUCCAAAUGUUUAUAUUAAAAUUCCUGCAACUCAUGAAUCCAUUCCUUCAAUAAAGGAAGUCAUUUCUCUAGGGAUCAGUGUAAAUGUCACUCUCAUAUUCUCUCUCCCUAUAUAUGAAGCAGUUAUUAAUGCUUACUUGGAUGGUCUUGAAGCUUCUAGUAACACUGAUCUCUCCAAGGUUUCAAGUGCAGCAGCUUUCUACAUCAGUAGAGUGGAUGUUACAAUUGAGAAAAAACUUGAGCAGAUUGGUACUGCUGAGGCUCUUGAUCUCAAAGGAAAGGCUGCGGUUGCUCAAGCUGUCUUGGCUUACCAGCUUUACCAGAAAAUGUUUUCUGGUCCAAGAUGGGAGCGCCUGGAGAAGAGAGGUGCCAAGAAGCAAAGAUUGAUGUGGGCAUCGACAAAUGUGAAAAAUUCAGCUUACUCUGAUACUUUUUAUGUUAAUUCUCUUAUUGGACCAGAUACGAUUUCAACCAUGCCACCAGAACCUGCUCUUAAAGCAUUCAUGGACCAUGGUAUUCUUUCAAGAACCCUUGAUGCAAAAGUAUCAGAGGCUCAAAGCAUUUACAAUGAAAUUGAGAAGUUGGGGAUUGAUUGGAGUGGUGUUGGAUCACAACUUGAACAUGAGAUACUGGAUUCUUUCACAAGAAGCUUUGACAACGUGAUUGAAUGCUUGCGUAAGAAGGCUAGACUGCAAGUGCAAGAUGAAUAGAAAAACUCUCCAUGCUUGCCAAUAAACCAAUGAUUGGUGUGUAGCUAAAAUCAUAUCAAGAUGAUAAUUUCUUGUUUAUUUUUUUUCUUUUCCUUACAAAUCCAAAAUGCUGUUGCGUUGAACAAAAUGACCACUUCCCCUCUAAACACUUAUGCUUAUGAAACUUAUUUUGCUGCCUUAGUAGGUGUGUCUGUUUUCUCUUGUGUCACGGGAUUGGAAAAUAAGAGUCAUAAUGGCAGCAUUUCAUGUGUUUCUUGUUAUGAUGAUAGUUAGUGAGUUUAGAAUAAGUGAUUAUUCUUGAUGGACUAAUUUGUUUGUAUUUCAAUUUAGACUUCAAGCAUAUCAUAGCUUGUUGUUUUGGUAAAUUUAGAUUGUGUUCUCUAAGUUACUCAUUUCAUGUAUUUUGUGUCUCUGUGUGUGUGUGGAUCAAGGUUAGGUGGAAAGAAGUGUCAAAUCUGGCUUGCUUAACAGCAGGAUAUAGAUUUAGAUACUAGCUUGUCUUUAGGAUUCACUGUUUUUUCUUUGAAAAGGAAUCACUAGUUGAUUACAACUUUAUUA